AUCCUCUUCUCUUCUCUUCUCCUCGCUCUCAGAAACAUAAACAAUUGCAUUCAAUUCUUCCUAUAAGAGAUGAUUCUAAGUGGGGUUCACUUCGGACAGAGGCGGCUCCUCCCGUCGCUUUCUCGCCGGAGGCAACCCUUUGUUACAGCCACAAGAAUGGUCUCAACUACCAGCAACAACAAAGAGAAGAAAGAGAAGGUGGUAGUGAUAUCUGGGCCUACAGGGGCUGGUAAGAGCAGGCUUGCUUUGGAGCUUGCCAAGCGUCUUAAUGGUGAAAUCAUAAGUGCAGACUCUGUCCAGGUUUACCGUGGUCUUGAUAUUGGGUCUGCAAAGCCUCCCCUGAGUGACAGAAAGGAAGUGCCACACCAUCUGAUAGACAUAUUGGAUCCAUUUGAAGACUAUUCUGUAGGACAUUUUUUUGAGGAUGCUAGGCAAGCAACAAGAGAUGUUCUUGACAGUGGCCACGUUCCUAUAGUCACAGGCGGAACUGGCUUGUAUUUACGAUGGUUUGUAUAUGGAAAACCAGAUGUUCCAGAAGCUUCUACCGAAAUUGCAGCUAAAGUGCAUGCAGAGAUAGCAGAUUUUGAGAGAGAUGGGGAAUGGGAUGCUGCUGUGGAAAUGGUCGUUAAGGCAGGACAUCCAAAAGCUAGGUCAUUGCCUGUCAACAACUGGUAUCGAUUGCGUCGCGGCCUUGAGAUAAUCAAGUCCACUGGAUCGCCUCCAUCUGCCUUUCAUAUACCAUAUGAUUCUUUCAAACAACAAGUUGAUUCAAGUGAAACAAAUGAUUCUCACGACUUGAACCCUUCUCGUGAUGUACCUGAGCAAGUUACUGCAAAGGAAUUGGACUAUGAGUUCAUUUGUUUUUUCCUCUCAAGCCCCAGACUUGAUCUGUAUAGAUUAAUUGACUUAAGGUGUGAAGAAAUGCUUACAGUAGGAACAGAUGGGAUUUUGUCUGAAGCUAGAUGGCUUCUUGAUCUUGGGCUUAGUCCAAAUUCAAACUCAGCAACUCGAGCAAUUGGUUACAGACAUGCUAUGGAAUACCUGGUAAGAUGUAGGGAACAAAGGGGUGAAAGCUCAACAAGAGAGUUCCAUGCUUUUUUAUCAGAGUUUCAGAAGGCUUCUAGGUAUUUUGCUUCCAAUUGGCAACUCAAUCCAUUGAACUAUAUCUGGACAAGUUAAAGUGGCUAUUUAAUCUUUUCUGAUCCCGAAUCCCAUUAUAGUAAUUUAACUAGUGUGAUUUUCACUAUUCUACUUGAUUCAAACAACACUUGACACACACUCCCCAAAACAUCUCUAGUACUAUAUUUGCAUGCGGACUGUCAAAUCAUCUAAGUUGUUUUUAUCUUUAUUUGGUCUUAGUUGGUUCGACUUGUAUUUCCUUAUAAAUAAUCUUAUUUAUUAUUCUUUCUGUUCUUAAAUGACUAAACAACCCUAUAUUUAAGCUAACAUUUAUCCCAUUAACAUGAAUGUUGCCUUUCAAUUUUCCUACACCUGGUACCAUGAAAGAUUGCUGGCUUUCCAUUCAACAAAAUUUCCUUUUCAACUUGAUGCAUAUUUUGCAGUCAAAUAGUUCUCAUGGAACUUAUAUCCCAUGCAAUUUCCUAUGGCCAGGUUGAAUAUCCCAUUUAUGUUCUCAGUUGGUAUGAUUAAUUGAGUCUAAUUACUGAACACUCUCUAUUAAGAAAUUCCUCAUUGUCAGUUUUGACUACUAAAUGUCUUACUAAGAAGCUUUACUGAAUUUGUGCAUCAAUCAAAAGGUGUUUAGUUUAGUUCCCACUUGGCCUAAAUUAUUGUAAUGUGUUCAUUUUUAGUUCUAGUGUAGAAUUCACCUACCAAAAAGAUGAAGAGCUCAGCUGAGUUGCUACCUACUAAUUAUGGGGUUGUUGUUUAUGGGGUUAAGGUCAGGUGGUUCAUAUGUUGAGAAAAUUUUGGCCUGUCUUGUCUUCUUAAGAAGUCCAUCAAAUUUUGAAACAUGGGUUAAACAAGGGUUAAUCAAGAAAAGACUAGAGGUAAAGAUAAAUUCAGCUUUUGGAAAUUUGUUAUGCAGGAAUUUUGCGAAAAGGCAACUUACAUGGUUUCGUAAUGAGGAAAUCUAUCACUGGCUCAAUGCUUCUAGACCCCUGGUAUGUCACGUGGUUUGUUGCAUUGCAUUGUAUUAAUGACAAAAGUCUUAUGUC